GUGCCGACUGCCAUGUCUCUGCAACCCGUCUCCGCCGGUGUCCUCCAGGACGUAGUUGCUCUGCAAGGGAACGAGAUCAUACGUUUGAAGGCUGCACUUGCGGAUGCGCGGCAACGUAUUUCCACCCUAAGGGAAGAGAUUGCAGGGCUUAAAGGAAAUCAGUCCGUGCCAUCUGUAGAUUCUAAAGCAGGCUCGAAGCCACCGUCGUACAACGAUAUCACUCUCUGUCCUGUGGAUGAUGGAGGGUUAAACGCGGCGGCCCUUAAGCACUUCAAAAAUAUAUUGAAGUCGUUGGGUACGCCGAAACCUAGUAGAUGUGUUUUCAAUGCCCGCUCCGCUACCGUGCGCUGGGAAGACGGCAGAUUCGAAGUGUUCUCGAUAAUCAAACCGGAGUCCCGCUUAUUGAAGAAAGGUGGAUGGAGCGACGUCCAUAACAGUAAACUCCGAGGCAGGCUUGAAGUAUUAGGCGAGCUCUCGGGCAACUGCUAUUACCUUGGGAGAUACCAGGCCACCCAUAACGAAGCCGUAGCCCCGAACGAAUAUCCUACUCUACCUAAACCAAUGCAAGACGCAAUACUCCGCUGGUCGUGUUCGAAGACACACAGGUCUAGCGUACAGCUUAUGCUCACGAAGGGAGAGCUUCCCUUGCGGCGGUUCUUCCUCCGACGAGAAAGCUUCGAUCAGGUGCUCUACGAACGCCUGCUCGGCACUGCACCCAGCCCAGCUCUCGCUCUGGCUGAGCGCAGCGCAGAACAUGGUGCUUCGGACGGCGAGGAAGGUUCCGAUGACGACUAGUGGACGGAGGACUAUUCCCUCUUGCAGUUUGUAUUUUCUUCAUGUAUCUAAUCGCCUGCUGUGCGACUAUCUUCUAAAUGAUAAACGUAACUACGGA